GCACCAGAGGAGCUCCCAUUUGGAGUGUGCCCCGCGACGAUCCUAGUCUUUCGAUUAGCUAUCCUUUGAUUGCCCGAGACUUGCUGAAGUUGGCAUGUCUGUCCAAGUCAAUCUCCUUGAUUCACACCCUCUCUUGGACAUGUUGCAGUAUCCGUCUUUGAAGCUUGGUCACCAGUAAUAGUACUACUACCAACCUUAACCCCCCCAACCGACUACCUACCGACAACGCCGGAUCAUCAUGCACUCGACCUUCACGGGCAACUCCCGCCGAACCCGAAAUGUCAACCUGAGUGGCCAAAACCAGAACCCCUUUGCCAACGUUUGGUCGCCGUCAGCCAGUUCUGGGGCUUCCAAGACAGUGUCAAACGCCCAAGCUGAGCGGCAACAGAGACAAUUAGAACGAGACCGCUUGAAGGCUGCGAGGAACAUCCAACGAACAUGGAGGAGCCACCACGUCAGAAGACAAUGCCGGGAUGUCUGGCGCCAAGCCUUCGAUGACAUUUACCGUGUUGACAACCCGAACACUGCUGUCCAGAGAGUGCAUGCGGCUUUGCCGCUGCUGCUUGCUGCCUUUCAGAGCAACCGACCCGAGGACGUGCAUCGGCUAGCUUAUAUAGCACGAGAUGUCAUGUCCCAGCAUGUACGCUCUUUAGUCCCAGCAUCAGAAAAUCAAUCAAGUAGAGAGCAAGAAGACCAUCGUCUGAGACGAUUGUCUGAGAUAACUGUCGAGGCCCUGGGGGCAACAACUAUGGAAACAUUUCUUCAACCAGAAUCGAAACUCCUUGUCGAUCUCCUAGCCUACCUGGUCGCUGGACAACCUCAGUCUGUCAUGCAGGUUCUCUCCCAGUACUUCCGACUCCUAGCAACACUGGUGCGUGCUUCUGCCUCAGAUCAGCAGCAGCUCGAGAAGGUCCUGGUACUUGUGUUGGCUCCUUUAAACAAGCCCCCCCAGUAUGUUUCUGCCGAGGACGCCCGUCCAUUCACAACCCGCGCCUAUGAUGCAUUUGCUUUCGAUUUCCUCGCAGUAGGGGAUAUAGCUCCUCUACAACAGGAGAAUAACCUUAUUGCGCAACGCAUCGACAUCGAUAAACUCUCAGGAGCCAUAAUCGAAGCAUACUCCGGGCCCCGGGCCGCCGCAGCAACGCCAGAUAGUUUACUUUGGCUUCUCGCCUACUAUAUAGACAUACAUCAGACGCAAAAGAGCACAUCUCACCACCUUGGCUCGUUGCAUGCCAUGCACCUUCAGCUGUCAAGUCUGGCUUCUCAGAUUCGAUUUCGAUUACCAUUGGCAAGCAACGGAACGUCACGAAACACCGAGCGAGCGAAUGAUGGCACAGAGUCCAUGCUCCGGCCACUGCCGCCUUAUGUUUCGACCAAGCUUACCUCCUGCGUGGACCGAGCCGGUAUUACUGAUAUCCUGUCGGAUCUGGCCAGGUCAGUUUUAGUCGAGCUUACACAACGACAGAGGGCUAACUGCAGCAGCACUUUCGCCCCCGAGUCAAACGCAACUUCUGCUUCCCCUAAUAACAAAAGCUUCCAGGGUGCAAGCCUCUUGGCAGGCUACAUUGUCACGCUUCUGCGGUGCUUUCCGACGUUCGCUGAUGACAUUCGGAUGCGCCUGUUUUUGGGAGAUAUUCCCUCAACAGGCGGAAAUAUCCCCGUCAUCAAGUACCUUUGGCAAACAAUGAGCCAGACAUCGCUCUUUGAGCGCAUCUGCCAUGAUAAAGGAUCCGCUCACGCAGUCGAACUUGGCAUUUGCCCUGCAUUAUUACACCAACGAGAUCCUUCAGGAUCUUGCUCCAAAGCCUCGCCUCAUCCAACGGAUUGGAUUCAUUCUUUGGCUUCGCUGAAAGGUCAGAAAGCCUCCAACAAGGGGAGACGCACAUCCCUGGGUCCAAACGGCCUAUCCUUCGACAAGCCUGAUCUAGCAGGAUUGAGGGCUAUCGUGACGUCAACGUUGCGCAUGCUCUACGAACGGGACUCUCGACGUCCGUUUUUACCCCGGGACCACUGGCUCAUGACCUCCAAAUUUGACAUGGAAAAGUUUGCGUCGAGCGUGGUGCGGGAACACGACCGCCAACAAGAAGAGCUGGCCAACUUGUCAGAGGACGAGGAUCAAGACGAGGAAGACGACAUGGAUGAUGACGUGGAGAUGGAAAAUGGCGUGCAUACGUUCGCCGGUCAGCGCUUGUCACAGCACGCGCAAAUAGAGAACAUUCGAGCUCGUCAGAGACGAGCCCAGAAAGCUCGCAUGCUAUCCGUCAUCGGACCCAAACUAGAGAUCCUGCGGCACAUGCCUUUUGUGAUCCCUUUCGAUGCCCGGGUCCACAUCUUCCGACAGUUCAUCUACCUCGAUCAACAAAAGAGGAGACAAGGCAUGGACGCCGAGCAGUGGCGGAUGACCAUGAUCAACAAUCCGCUCUUGCCCCAGAGAGGUCUGACCGGACGUCAUCGUGGAAGCAUCAAGAGAGGACAAGAAUUCGACGAUGCGUUUGAGCAGUUCUACGAACUAGGCGAAAGCCUCAAGGAGCCAGUCCAGAUUCAAUUCAUCGACAGCUUUGGCGAUGUCGAGGCAGGCAUCGACGGAGGAGGUGUCGCUAAGGAAUUUCUCCUCAGCGCCAUUAAUCAGGUGUUCAUGAAUCAGUCUGAAGACCGAUACUUUGUCGAAAAUAAUCAGAAGCUGUGGUAUCCGAACCCGAUCAUCUUCGACAAGUUCAGAGAAGAAGCCGAGGAGAUGGGCCUCCCUGAAGCUGAGAAGAAGGAUAUCCUGACCGGACUCUCACAGAGGUACGAGUUUCUGGGACGCCUCGUCGGUAAAUGCAUGUAUGAGGAUAUCCUCAUUGACGUCAACUUUGCCGGAUUCUUCCUACUCAAGUGGGCAGCUUCCGGUCUGACAGGCGAGGAGAGCUACCGGGGCAACGUGAACGACUUGCGUGACCUCGAUGCUAGCUUGUAUCAGGGUUUGGUGCAUCUCAAGAAUCUACCCGCAGACGAGGUGGAGUCACUGAGCCUUGACUUUACAGUCGAUGAUCAGAUCUCGGCGGAUGGCGAGACGGUGCGCAGUCUGACAAGAGAGCUCAUUCCCGGCAGGGGUUCGACGCCCGUCACCAAGGACAACAGACUGCUCUACAUAUCGUACAUGGCGCGUCACCGACUCGUGGUGCAGCCCGCCCAGCAAACGAUGGCUUUCCUGCGCGGUCUACGCGCCAUCGUCGCGCCGACCUGGCUCUCCAUGUUCAACCAGACUGAGCUGCAGCGCCUCGUCGGCGGCGACUCGUCCGAGAUUAGCAUUGAUGAUCUGCGCGACAACACAAACUAUUCGGGACUCUACGUCAUCGGCGACGAUGGCGAGGAGCACCCGACGAUCCAGCUCUUCUGGAAGGUCGUGCGUGGGUUCACGGACGCCCAGCGACGCGAUCUGCUCAAGUACGUCACGUCGACGCCGCGUGCGCCGCUGCUGGGGUUCGGGUCGCUGAACCCGCUUUUCAGCAUUCGCGACGGCGGCACCGACGAGGCCCGGCUGCCGAGCGCCAGCACAUGCGUGAACCUGCUCAAGCUGCCGCGGUAUACGGACGAGGAGACGCUGCGGCGCAAGUUGGUCCUCGCGAUUUCGUCGGGCGCUGGAUUCGAUCUGAGCUGA